UUAGCCCGGCCUACCGAGGCCCAGCUCCACUCUUUGCAUCUCCCGCUGGGCUAAACCCUAGCAACGAAGCGUAUCCCCUCCUACCGUCGUCUCCUCCUCCGUUCGCCGUCUCCUCCCCCAACUCGCGCGCCGGCGGCGAGCAAGCGAAGCGGAGUCCCCGUGUAGCUCCCGGUUUGGAUCGACCCCGGCGGCGGCGGCAGGGAUGGCGCUGAGGGGCGUUUGGCAGCUGCAGAAGCUCGUGGUGAACUACUGCGAUUGGGGAGGGAGCAGCAGGGGGAUCAGGGCUUUUAUGGAGGCGCAUCUUCCAGCUUUUAAGGAAAAGAACCCCCACUUAGAGGUGGUGACAGAGUUAGUCCGUGGACAGCAUCCUAACCUGAAGGGCAUUUACAAAAAUCAUAAUGAGCGAGUUGUUUGUGUCCGAAAUUUAGCGCCCGAGGACAUACUAUUGCAAGCUACCAGGCUAAGGAAUUCUCUGGGCAGGAAAGUGGUGAAGCUGAGAACCAGACACGUAACAAAGCGCCCCAGUGUUCAGGGAACAUGGACGACAGAACUGAAGAUGUGAUCAUGUGAGUUGACCAGUUGGGUUCUCAGACAAGCUGCUGAUGUUCUUUGAUGUCGUGAUUGCAGAACUGUUUUCAUAUGCGUGUCAAGAAUUAGUCAGUGCAGCUAUUCGACUCACCUUUUUUUAGUGAUUACAGUUCAACUUUGUCUUUUUGUUUCGUCCGGUAUCUGAUAAUAACAUGCAAACUUGGGUGUUCCUUGUUGUCGUCCGCCUGUCAAAUCCUAGUCAGGGAAUCUGUCUUCCA